AUGUCUCUGUCCACCGUAGCGGCAGCCAUCGCGGGCGGGCUCGCGACCGCGGCAUAUCUCGACGCGAAAUUCCUCAUCCGCCAUGACCUGGCCGCGGGCUCUCUGGGGGCGGGCCAGAAAAAGGCCAUGGCCUUCACGGUGGAACGGUACCAGCAGAACCGCAUGCUGAUGUACCACGUCUUCGAGGACCAGGCCACGGGGCGGAACGCCGACCAGCUGUUCCUGAUGUUCGAGGGCCGGUCGUGGACGUACAAGCAGUUCUUCACCGAGAUCCACAAGGUGGCCAACUGGCUGCGCAACGACCUGGGUGUGCGGGCGCAAGAGAUCGUCGCCCUCGACGGCGGCAACAGUCCCGAGUUUCUGAUGCUGUGGUUCGGCUUGGAGGCCAUCCGCGCGUGUCCGGCUUUCAUCAACUGCAACCUGACGGCCGGGCCGCUCACGCACUCGGUCAAGCUCAGCGACGCGCGCUUCCUGCUGGCCGACCGCUCCACAACAGAUCUCGUGCAGCCCUGUGACGAUGAGCUCCGGUCCGCCGGCGUCACGACCGUCUACUAUGACGAAGCCUUCCUUGCGGCCCUCACCGACACGACGCCCGUGCCCAAGGCCCUGCACAAAGGCAUCUCCCCGACCGAACUUGCCGGCCUGAUCUACACGUCGGGAACGACGGGCCUGCCCAAGGGAGUCAUCAUGCUGCGUGGGCGCGAGCUCAACACCGCCCGCAGCGUGGCCGAGUACCUGAAGCUCAAGCCGGGGAAUAGGAUGUAUACGUGUCUGCCGUUGUACCACGGCGCCGCACACGGGCUGUGUGUCACGCCCUCCAUCUUCGCCGGGUCGGCCGUCGUGCUGUCGCGGAAAUUCUCGCACAAAACACUGUGGCCCGAGGUGCGGGCGUCCAGGGCCGACAUUUUGCAGUACGUCGGCGAGCUGUGUCGGUACCUGAUCAACGCACCCCCUUCGCCGCUGGACAAGCAACACAACGUGAAAAUGGCGUGGGGCAACGGCAUGCGGCCGGACGUGUGGGAGACGUUCCGGCAACGGUUCGGCAUCGAGACCAUCAACGAGCUGUACGCCGCCACGGACGGCAUGGGCGCGACCUUCAACGCCAACAAGGGCGACUUUGGCAGGAACGCGGUCGGCGUGCGCGGCCUGUACUGGAACUGGGCCAACGGGGCCAACGAAAAGAGAGUCCGCAUCGACAUCGACACGGAGGAGAUCCUCCGCGACGACAAGGGGUUCGCCAUCGAAUGCAAGACCGGCGAGCCCGGCGAGGUCGUCCACCGCAUGGACCCGGCCACCGUCGACACCGUGUUUGCCGGCUACUACAAGAACAAGGGCGCCGGCCAGAAACGGUUCAUCCGCGACCUGUUCCGCAAGGGCGACCUGUGGUUCCGGUCGGGCGACAUGAUGCGCCAGGACGCCGACGGCUGCGUCUACUUUGUCGACCGCCUGGGCGACACGUUCCGCUGGCGGAGCGAGAAUGUCUCGACCAACGAGGUCUCGGACGUGCUGGGCCGCUUCGACCAGAUCGCCGAGGCCAACGUCUACGGCGUGCAGGUCCCCCACGCCGACGGCAGGGCCGGCUGUGCGGCCAUCGUCCCCGUCUCGUCCGUCGCGGCGCCGGAACAGCUCGACUUGGCCAGGCUGGCGGAAUAUCUGCUCUCGACGCUGCCCCGGUAUGCCGUGCCCAUCUUCUUGCGCGUGGUUCCGCAGCUGGAAUAUACCGGCACGAUGAAGCUACAGAAGGGUCGUUUACGGACCGAGGGCGUCGACCUGGACAAGAUCGAGAAAUCCGCCCCGGCCGAUAGAAUGUACUGGUUGCCCCCGAAUGGGACCAAGUAUGAGGUCUUCGGCAGGAAGGAGUGGGAAGAGCUCAAGGCUGGCAAGGUGAGGUUGUAG